AUGCGAAUACCCUAAGUAUAUUUUGAAUGCAUGGAGAAACGAUUUAAAAAACAAAAAAAAUGCAAUCAGACUGAAGACUAUAGUUGGAUUGAAAAUAUUAAUAAACCAUUAAUAGAAAGAAUAUCUGAUUUUGCAAAAUGUAAAUAAUUACAAGAUCCUAAAUACAUACUAAUAAUAAGUGAAACCAUUGACAAGAUAUUAGAAGCAGGUGUUGAAUUAUUCUAAUAAUAAAAUUAAAAUCCAUGCAUUUAAUUGCUUGGAGAAUGUAAUUCUAUUUAACUUUGGAAUUUGUGUUUAUAAUGUUGUAAUUUUAUAAGGAAUUGUGGCAAUCCUAAAAUUAGUAUUAAUAUAUAUUUAAUAAAUUAGUUGAUAUGAUAUUCAGUUAUGAACAUUUGAUUAAUUUGAUAUUUCAUAAUCCAGAUUAUGAUUUAUCAAAAAUUUACUAAAUUAUAUAAUGUUUAUAAUUCCUUAUAGAAUCUAUGAAUACAUCUUAAAUUUGCAAAUUAAAAAGUAUAAACAUUUAUAAUUUCUUUAGAUGAAUAUUUUGAAAAAGUAUUUUUAAGAUUCAUGUACAUUAAUGCAUUCUUUCAAAAGAGCAUUUAUAAUCUAAGCAAUUAAGAAUAUCAAGAGUUAUUUUAACUAUAAUUGGAUAAUUGUAUUUUAAAGUUCACAUUUCCAUCUGAUGAUAUGAUAAAUUAUCAAAGAUAUAUAGAAAUUAAUAAUUUACGUAAAAUAUUAAAACAUCCUUUAUAAUCAUUUGAAGUUUAAUUUAAUUCCAGUAAAAACCCUUAUGAAUAAUCCAUUUAGAUUAUUAAAGAAAAUAAGAUUGAUAAUGAUAGCAUACUUUUUGAUUAAGUCUUUAUUCGUUUGCUAUGUCAUUAUUCAGGUACUGAACUAUUAAUUUAGAAGAUGUUUAUAACCAAUUAUAUAUUUCAUUUUAGAUGUCUUUUCUAAGAAUUCCAAUUUAUCAAUAAUAAAAGUAUGUUGGAUAUUACAAAUAGAUUAAUUGAUUAAAAAGAUUAUCUAUUUCUAUUAAUUAGAAUGAUAGCUAUCAAUAAAGAAGAAUCCUUAAAUGAUGUUAUGGUACAAAGUCUUCAAUUUAUUUAAUCUAAAUAAAUACAACUCUUUGAACAAAAUACUUUUUUAGAAAAAUUAUGGUUAUUUGAACUAUAAGGAAUUUAAGAUUCAUUAAUGGAAUGGAAAUAAGAAUUCUAAAUUACAGAAGGUAACUUUUAUGAAAAUAAAUUAUAAUUAAGUCCAAAAUAUUAAUAGAUAUUCUUUUAAUAAUUAUUAGAUUAAUAAUUUACAUAGAUAUUUAAAAAGUAAUCCAAUUAUUAAUAAUGGAAUUAUAUAAUCAUUUCAAUUAUUAGAAAAUCUUUUUUAGAAGAUGGAUAAACUAGAUUACCUUAUCAUAUAAUGAAUCCAUUAUUGACUUAUUCUGUGAAUCUUAUAAUUGAACUUCCUGGAAAUAAUCAAAAUUAAUAAUUAGAUUAUUCAUUAGAAACAUAAAUUAUACAAGGAUUAUUUGAAAUCUUAAAAAAUUGUUGUUUAACAUAAUAAAUUUAAUUAUAAAUAAGAGGAUUUUAAUUACUUAAUCAAUUAAUAACUUAUUAUAAAUAAGAGUUUGAUCAAGUCUAAAUUUAAAAUGCUUAAUCAGAAUUUAUGAUGCCUGUUCCUGAAAGAUAUCACAAAUUGUUAUCAGAAAUUUGGUCCAAUAAAAUUUUAGAAUAAACUUUACAAAAUUCAUAAUUAAAUGAAUAAUUAUACACUUAUUUAAUAACUUUAUUAGCUCUAAAUAUGGGUGAGAAUCCAGGAAGAGUUAGAGAAUUCUAUGAAAACAAUAGUUUACAAUAUCUAAUAGAAAGAAUAAUGGAACUUUUAUAAAUAUGUUCUAGAGGAUCACAUUUGAUUGUAACAAUAAUUAAUUUAUUGAUUGCUAUAAGUACAAAUGAAUAAGCUAUUUCAUUGGCCUUAUCAUCAAAUAAUUAAAAAAAUUAAGAAAAUCUAAUUAAGUAGAUAUUUUCUAAAUGUUAUUUACCAUCAAUUGAACUUUUGCAUAAUCCUAAUGUUAGUGAAGAUUUUGCUAAAAAGAUAAUUAUGUUGUAUAGUCAAAGUCUAUUAGCAAAAAAACAAAUAGAAAAGGUUAUUGAAAAUACUUUUGUAUAAAUUUCAUAAAUGGUUGAUUUAAGUAAAGAUAAAAUUGAAGAUAUUGUUAGUAAUUAAGAAAAAUUAUAAUCAUUUUAUGGAUAUUCUAAAAGUCUUUAAGCUUUAUUGUAAUUAUUUAUGUAAUUACAACCAGAAAAGAAAUAAUCAUCAUAUCGAUAAUUCUAAGGAUAUGAAGAAUUACAAUUAGAAGAAGCUUAAAGAUAAAAAGAUUUAUUGUUUAAUUCAUUGUUAAAAAAUUAAAAAUUUGUUGAAGCUUUGGAAAAAAUUAUUAUGAGUCCAAUCCUAAUAGGAAGUAAGAAUAAGGACAAGUAUAUAGAACAUUAUGUUGGAAUUUUAUGUAAGAAAAAUAAAAUAAAUCCUUUUACUUCCUUAUAAAAAGAAUUAGAUUUAAUAUCUAAGAAUUACAUGAUUAUUGAAGAUAAGAAAAUAAUAGAUAUAGGAAAGUUGGUUGAUUAUGAUGCCUUAUCAAUUCAUAUGAGUUAUAAAUACUUUUUUAGAAAGAUAAUAAAGCAUAUCUCACCCUAAACUUAUAGAGGUUUUUAUAUUUUAAGUCGUUUCCAUUUAAUACAUUAUUUGAUUAAGAUUUGUAUAAGUCAAGGAGGAGUGUAACUAAAUGAAAUCCAUUUAUUAAUUGCUUAAUUAUUGUAAAUCUAUUUUUUAUCAUCACAACAUGCUGGAUUUCAUGAAUCAAUUAUGAUGUUCAUGGCAGCAAAAUGUCAGAUUUAAAAAUGUGAGAAUAAUUAUGAUGAAGAUAUUCAAAUAAGAAGGAGAAUAAGCAAAGAAAAUUUAAUACCUUUAUAAGAGUCAUGUUUAGAAUUAAUAAAUAAAUUAUAAUAAUAAGCCACAAUUGAAUAAAAAGAGUUUAUAAUUAAUAAAUAUGGAGAAAUAACACAAUUAUUCUUUGUUAAUUUUAAUGAAAAAUAUGAAUAAAUUAAAUAAUCUAAAGGAUUAAUAUUAAUUUAAAAUGUUACUUAUAUUUAAGAUAUUCUUAAAUCAUUUAAAUUCUUUUUAAAUCUAUUUCAAAAUUUAAUACAAUAAAAUCAACCAAUAUCAUUUACAUUUAUAUGCUAUUAAAAUAAAUCUUUUUAUUUAAAUUUUAUUGAUAUGAUUAAAUAUUUAGAUAGUGUAUAGAAAUUACAAUAAAAUAAUAAUAAAGAAUAAGAAAUCAUUAAGAAGAUUCUACCUAAUUUUAUUGAAGCUUUUAUAAUACAUAUUGAUAAUAUUAUCAAAUCAUCAAUAUUUAGAAAAAUUCUUUUAGAUAAAAUUCAAUUGUCUAAUCAGUAUAUUAUUGAUCCAACUUAAUUAGAAUAUAUAUUCAAUGAAUUAAUAUUUUCUUAAACACAUUUGAUUAGUUAAAUGAUUGAUUUAUUACUUUAUAACAAUUCUGAAGGACCAUUAAAGAACUUAUUUGAAUAGCUUAUACAAAAAUUUUAAUCAAUUUAAGAUAUUUAAAUCAAAGAUCUUCAAAAAUUAGGAGGAUAAGAAUAGAAGGAUUAAAUAGUUGCUUAAAACGAUCUUGUUUAAUAAUUAUAAGGUAAUGAAAUAAAAGAAUAAAAAAAGUCAAUAUUUGAUAGACCAGAUAUCCAAUUAAUAUUAGAUAAAAUAUGUGAAAUGGGAAUUAAUUAAAAAUUAGCUAAGAAAGCCAUUUAAAGAGUAGAAAUACCAGAACCAUCAAUGAUUGUAGACAUGAUAUUUAAUGGAAGAAUAUCUGAUGAUGAAGAAGAUUUGGAUGACCUUAUUUUUGAAUCAGAAUAAAAAAGUGAUAAUUCACAAACAUUAAUAAGCAAUUAGAAAAUCUAAACUGAUACCAAAAAUUAACUUGAAUAAGAUUAAAAUUAGAAAAGUAUGACUAUAAUUGACAAUGAUACUUUUAUUAAAGUUUUAAAUGAAAAUUUUCCAUUAAACAAUACAUAAAUAUAAGUAUAAGAUAGAGUUUAGUAAUUGAUAAAUAAUUUUUAAUAGAAAUUAGAUGAUACUAUCAAUUAACUAUUAGAUUAAUAAUUAAAUAAUUAAAAACCUAAUCUCAAUCUUUUGGAAUACUUAUUCACAAUUACAAAAAAAUAAUAACAUAUCCAAAAAAUUUUAAAUUAUAUCUUUGUAUCAUUAUAAUCAAUAAAAUAAGUAGAGAAGAUUUAAGAUUUGAAUUAAAAAAUGAGUUAAUUAAAAAAUGCUCUAUAAUGGUUGACACUUCUGUAAUCAAUAUGUUAAUUAGAACAUGAAAAAAUCUAUUAAAAUUUUGUACAAAUAGAUUAGGAGUCAUAAUCAGAUAGAAAAUGUAUAUUAUCAUUUUAAGAAAUGAUUAAGUUAGGAUUUGUUUUGAUUCAGGAAAUAAAUGAUCAAUUCAUAUAAUAAAGUUAAAAUGAAUUUAAGGAAUUAAAAGAAUUAAAUUAUUAAGAAUUAAACUAUUCUGAAAUUUACUAGAAUGUUCAAUAAACAACUAAUGAUCUAAAUGUCUUAUAUGAUAAUAAAUAUAGUACUCUAAGAUUAUUUUGUAGAGAACUAAUGUAAGUCUAAAAAUAUUUAACAAGAUUAAUAAUUAAUUAAAAAAAUGUAAAUGAUUAAUUAAUAGAAAAUUAUUGGAAUCAUAUCGAAAUUUAUAUAUAAUUCUUAAUUUAAAUAUGCGCUGUAAAUUUUCAUUUAUAGGAGGAGUCUUUUAUAUCUUACAAAUUAUUAGAGUAAAUUGAUACAUUUAUUAAUAAUAAUUAAGUUCUAAAAGAAUAGAGAGACUCUACACAAAAUAUGAUUUACUUACAAUAUUUAAUACAGAGUAGAUUCAUUUUUGAUAAAUCGAUAAUUUCAUAAUUACUUUAAUGCUUAAAUAAUUUUGGAUUACAUAAUUAAAAUAAGCUAUAUCAUAUUCUUAUCAAGAGAUAGUUUUAAAAUAAAUAAUCAUUAUUGGAUGUAUUAUUAUCGUUAAAAGUUCAUUAAGAUCAUAUUGAAUAUGAAGAAUCAUAACCUGUAUUUUUAGAGAAUCUAAUUUAUUUGAUUGGAAUUGAUAGUCAAACAGCAAAGGAUUUAGUAUUAUUAAUUUUGAAAUAAGUAAUGCUAAAUGAACAUAUUGAUUGGCAUGCAUAAUAAUUAAAAAACUUAGAUUAAAUAAACUAAAUAUAAAUGCCUUAAUAAUUUAUUGAAUGUUAAUUAUAAUAUUUACUAUGGUAUAAUCCAGUACUAAUUAAUAAUCCAAUUGUUUACAAUAUUAUAAUUGAAUAAUAAGGUCUUUCUAUUGCUGAUCAAUUUUCUGAAUUAAAAAGAAUUCAUGGGUUUAAGUAAUCUUCAUAAUAGACAACUAGUAAAUUGACAAAAGAGUAAGAAAAAUAAUUUAAGGAAAAAGAGAUAGAGCUUCUUUAAUAAACUUAAACUAAUUUAAUAAUCAGAUAUGAAAUAGAUCAUAAAAUAGAACCAUAAUUGAAUUCUAAUUUAAUAGAUUUAAUAAAUAUUAUAGCUUAAGCUACAGUUGAUAGAUUCUUUGAAGAGAACUUCAGAUUCAUUGAAUAAGUAUUUAACAUCAAAUUAACUCAAUAAAAAGAUGAUGUAAGAGUUUAUUUAUAUGGAUGGGACUAAUUGUUGAGAAUAAUUGAAAUGUUAAUUAUAAAGAUUCCUUAAUUAAUAUUAUAUUUAAGAUAAUUGAAAGUAUCAUUACCAUUUGAAAUUAAUAAUGAAGAUAAAUAAAUUAAUUUCAUUUAAUUUAUAAUUUAAUAUUUGACAUGGGUUAGCAUAGAUAAAAUAUCAAAUUUUAUGCAUAAUUAUUUAAGUGAUAUAAAUCUACUUUCAUUUGGAUAUGGAGUAACUUUGGGUUAAGAAGUCUUAGAAAUAUUAUUGAAUGAGUUAAAAAUAGAACAUAAUAAUAAUAAUAUUAUAUAGAAAUAUAAUCAUAUAUUGUAAUUAUUAGUAUUAUUUACAUAAACAUUGACAACUUAAAAUUGUUUAUUAAUUUUGACUGAUUAAAGAUCAUAAUUGAAUAUUGUCCCUAAAUUAAUUAAUACUUUAAAUAAUGUAAGACAAUGUGAAAAUAAAUAAUUUGUCAAAUUAUAUUAACAGACAAUUGCUAAAGUAUUGGAACCAUUCUUGUAAUCUUAAGUAUAUUUAGAACAUAUAAAAUAAGGCAAAUAUGGAAAUGUUUUUAGAUUACAAUAGAAUAUUACAGAAAAUUCAUUUUAAUUUCAUUACUUACAUUGUCUAAAGAAUUAAUUGAUUUGUUAUCAUUUAUAUCCUAAUUUCAAAAGUACUGCUGGUUCAGCUUAACAUUUUAUUUCACAUCCAUAAGUUUAGCAAACACUAAAAGAUGAAAAUUAAUAAGAAAUUAUUUGGCCUUUGUAUCAAUCAAGAAAAAUCUUCAAUAAUCAAAAACUUAAUAAUCAGAAAUAAUUAGAUGAAGACUUUAGUGAUUCAGAUUCAGACUUAGAUAUUUUAUAAAUUGAAAAUAGUCAAAUCAAAUAUAAAGCAAAUUAUUCAAAUAAUAAUUCUUGGGGAGAAUAUUAUUCCUAUGAUAAUGAUUUUAUAUCCAAAACUAAUAUAAAUAGAGAUGAAGAAAGACAACAUAAAGAAAAUUAGAACAAUAUUUUUCCCCAAAAAGAUUUAAAUAUUCUUUUUUGUUGUUUAGAUUAAAAGUGCUAUAAUUUCCCUUUGCCAAACUUAUAAAUUACAACAUAAAAUAUUACAUAUCAUUAAAAUGAUUACAAAUCUUGGAUCACAUCUGUUGUUGGUCUUUAUUUCAGUUUCAAUGAAUAUUUUGAAAAUAAAAAACAAUUAAUCUCUAAAGCAUAUGAUAAUUAAUUAAAGUAUACUGUUGAAUAUAUAUAAUCUAUUAAUAGAUUACUUAUAUCAUCAACCUAUUAUUAUAAUCAACAAGUUGAAUAGCUAAAAUAAUAUCUAUCAUAUUAUUUAAAUGGAUCUUUAAAUUAUAUGUAGAUUCAAACUGGAACUCCAUGUUUCUAUUCCAAAUUUGGUUAAGCACCUAAUUAAAUUCAAUAGGAUUACUAAGCUAAUUCAAUUUCAAUCAAUAUUAAUGAUCCAACAUUUUAAUAAAAAAAAAUAUUAGCUUAAAUCUCUUGUAAUGUUUUAUAAAGCAGAGUAGUACUCAAUGGAAUGCCCAAUGAUUUAUAUGGUUUAGGAUAUUUAAAAACAAAACUAAAAGAUCUGCUACAUUCGGAAGAAAGUUUAAACUUGAAGCCAUAAUUAAUGGAAAUUCCUAAAAUAACUAUGAUUUAUCCAAAUGAGUAAUAACUACAAAUUACUGAUAAUAUAUUUUUGGAAAUGCUUUUGUCUCUAUUAUUAGAUUAAAACAAUUUUCUAUAAUUUCCUUUUAAUCUCUUGCGUUAGAUUAGUAAAUGUUCUCGUCUUGGAUUCAAAUUACUUAUUUAGUUACUCAUACUAUAUUAAGAAUAGAAAAAUAAUUAAGAAUUAACUCUUAAAAUUUUGUAUUUAGUGAGUUAGAAAAUUCCAUCAAAUAAUUUAAGGGAUCUACUCUCUGAAUAAUUAUAGAUGAGUCCUAUACUUAAUAAAAGAGAAAAGGCUAAUUUAGCAAAGGGAUAAUAAAUUAAAGAGUAAUAUAUUAUUGAAGAAGAAAACUUAGAUGAAUAAAUAUAAGAUGAUGAUCUUGAGAAUCCUUUAGUAUUUUUGAUUAACCAAAUAAACUUUUAUAGUGAAAAGAAUGUAUCAUUUAUGACACUAUUUCAUAAUGCUGAAUCCCACAUACCAAUUGAGAAAAGUAUUAAUUUAUUUUAUACUAAUUUUAGAUAUCUUGUUAACUCCUCUAUUAGCCAAUCAAACUAAUUUACAAUUGUCUUACUUAUUUUAGAUUAUACGAGGAUCUCUUAUGAUAAAAUCAGAUGAAAAAGACAAUUUUAAUAAAUUUGAAGAUGAAAAACUUUAUAACAUUAUGAGGAGAUAAGCAGUUAUAUAUAAUGGUGGUAAAGAUGAAAGAAAAAUAUUUGAGUUAUUUUCUUAAUUAAACACAAAAGAAGAUAUUUAAUUCCAUGAUUUGAUUUUUUAGACAUUUACAGACAAAAAUUAAGAAUCAUCUGAUUCUUGGGAUUAAACAUCUUUUUCAUUAAAAUCACUUCAGUAUAGAUAAAUUGAAGAGCAAUCUCAAUUUAGGUAAAUACCUAAUGAAUCGAUUGUCUAAAUAUAACCUCCUUAGCCUCCUUAAUCAUCCUAACCUAAAUAACCAAUACUUCCAUUUUCUGUAUCUUCAAUGUCAAUCUUACAUUAGCAAUAAAAAUUACAAUAGUUUAAAUAACUUAGAUAAUAAGUUUAAUAGAUAUAAGCAAUUCAUAAAUUAAAGAUAGCUGAGGAUCAAUAAUAAUAAUAAUAAUAAUAAUAAUAAUAAUAAUAAUAAUAACAAUAAUAAUACUUAUAAUUAUAACAAUAAUAAUAAUUAUUAACUUAAAUUUCAUAAGUUAAUGAAGAUGAAUCAAAUUCGUCUAACACAUCACCUAAAAGGGAAAGAAAAGUUAGUGCUAAAAUUUCUCAUGUUGAAAUUGACAUCAUCUCUUCACUAUGCAAAAAUCUAAAUAAUUCACUUUUAAGAGAAGGAAAUUCUAAUGAAAUCAUUAAUAUUUUAAAUUCUUAUGCAAAUGAUACAUUAAAAAUUGAACAUGCAAUGAAUGAAUUAACAAAAUAAAUCAUUCAACAAUCUAAAAUCUUUAACUUUGAAUUAGAUAAAAAGAGAAAAUAACUUAGAGAUAUUACAAAUCAAAGAGAAAAAAUAAAGGAUAAAGAUCCUGAAUAAUUACGAAUCCUUAAUAUUUAAGAAAAUGAAAUUAUUAAAGAGUUGAAUUAGAAAACUCCUGAUCCAAAUAUUAUUUAAAGAUGUUUUAUUGCAAUAACAGGAUUUAUCAAUUUAAAUAUUAUGGUGUCUGAAUAAUAAAAUAAAUAACCAAAUAAACCAAGUUCUACAUAGACUCGAUAAUAAAUUUAAAUGGAUAAAAUGAAAUAUAAAUUAACUCAGUAAAGUAAAAAAGAUGAUACUAUAAACGAUGUUGGUACUUUUGCUAAAAAAGAAAUUAGAAAUAAGUUCAUCAAUGUUUUAUAAACUAGAUAAAUACAUCAUUUAUGGCUUAAUGUUGUUGAAACUUUACUAUUAAUCUUUAAUUACAAAGGAUCUCGAUCAUUAGAAUUAUUAUAGAAAAAGUUAUAUCCUCUUUUAGAAUGUUUCUUAAGGCUUUAUUAGAAUGUUCAUGAAGAACUUAAUUCCUAAAGUUUAUCCGAAUAGACUAAUUCAGAAUCAAACUUCUUUGAAAGGAAUUUAAGUGGUUCAGCAACUAAUUCUCUUUAAUUUGGCUUAUUAUAGACAUAAACAAUACACUUAAAGCGUUCUUUUUCUUCAGUAAGAAAUGAGAACGAAAUGCAAAUGAAGAUUGAUGAACUUUUUACUUAUUUAUGUAUUAAUGGAAAGAGUAUAAUCAAUUAUUUGAUCAAUCAAAGAUUGUAAUAAAUAAGUUAUGAUGUAAAAUAAAUACAUUCAUCUAAUCCUAUUAAAUUAUUUAGAGAAGUAGAUCCUCUUGGUUUUGUAUUUUUUAAAAUGAGUCAAAUUGUUUCUUUUGAAAACAAAAAACAUUUUUUUGAAAUGGAUCUUGAAACAUUAAAAAUUAAUGAGAAACCUAAUUCUAGAUCAAAAGGUAGGUAAAGUGAAACUAUAGAAUUUAUUGUUGUAAGAGAAACUAGAUUAUAAUAAUCUCUAGAAAAAGUAUUGUAAGUUGAAAAAAAUAAAUUUAGAAGAAGUGAAAUUAAAAUUAGAUAUUAAGGGGAAAGAGGAUAAGAUGAAGGAGGAAUCAGAAAGGAAUGGAUGACUAAUCUUGUAAAAGAUAUAUUAUAAACUGAUAAAUUUGAAUUGACUACAAAAAGAUUUUAUAAGAUAAAUCCAAAUAAAAAUUCUUCUGAUGAUUUGAAUCAUUAUAGACUUUUAGGUAGAAUAAUAGCUAAAAGUAUUUAUGAUGGAUUAUUAUUACCAGUUUAUUUCAUUCCAACUAUAUUUAAAUUGAUACUCUAGAAAAAACCUAGUUUUGAUGACUUGGAACAUUAUAAUGAAGGGUAUUAUGAUACUUUUAUUAAGUUUAUGAAUGAUGAGACAUAAGUUUAAUAUAAAGAUUUAUUUGAAUUUUGGAUACCUGAAGAAUAUGCAUAAUUGAUAGAAUAAAAUAAAAAAUAUAUUUUUGCUGAUAUUCUUUAAGAAUAUUUGGAAAAGAAUCCUAUUAAAUAAGAUUAAUAAAUUAAAUAAUAAAAAUAAAAUGAUUAAUAAUAAUCGGAUGUAAAAAGUAUUGAUUAAGAAAUAUCAUAAUAAUAAUAGUAAUAAUAAUAAUAAUAAUAAUAAUAAUAAUAAUAAUAAUAAUAAUAAUAAUAAUAUUAAAAUUUAGAAGUUCCUUUUAAGUAAGAUUUGAUUCAAUAUUUUUAAUAAAAGUAAUAAGAAUAAGAAUAAGAAAAAGAUGAACCCAAAUAAAAGAAAUAAUCAGAUGAUAUCACAGCUAAAGAUAUGGAAAAUAGAGAAAAGAAAAGAUUAAUACGAAAGAACAAGAGAUAAUAAUUAAGUGAUGAAGCACUUAAAUAAAUCAAAUUAUAAGAUAUAUUCUUAUAAUUAUCAUAAAAUAUUAAUGUCAAGCAUAAAAGGCUAAUUUGUGAAGUUAUUAGUAAGAAACUUAUGAUUGAUGAAAUUAAAAGUCAAAUUCAUGUAAUGAGAGAAGGAUUCUUUGAGAUAUUGCCUAAAGAAUACUUAUAAUAUAUGGAUUGGAGAGAUUUACAAAAAUUAAUAAUUGGAGUACCAUAAGUAGAUGGUAAAAAUUUUAAAUAUAUAAUUUAGUUGAUGAUCUUCAGGCAAAUACUGAAUAUGUGAAUUAUGAUAAAAAUAAUUAGACCGUCAUAUGGUUUUGGGAAGUCUUAAAAACAUUAAGUGAUUCAGAAAAAUCUGAUUUCUUAAUGUUCUCAACAGGAAGUCCUCUAGUUCCAUUUGGAGGAUUUAAAAAUUUAAGAGGACCAAAUGGCCCAAAGCAGUUUUCGAUAUCAAAAGAUUUCAAUUCGGAUCAUUUUAUUAAAGCUCAUGCAUGGUAUGAAAAUAAGUUAAUUUUUUAUUAGUUUUAAUCGUAUUGAUUUACCUGAAUAUAAUUCUAAAGAAAUGGUUAGAGAAAAGCUAUUAAAAUCAUUAAAAGAAUCAGGAUCUGGAUUUGAUUUAAGUUGA